UCCUGCUUGACUACCACGACUUCCUCACAUUCUCGCAUUCUACAGUCCUCGCUCCUCCUCUCAUUCACAUCUCUCAAGUCCCAUAUGCAAUAAUGGCACCCAUCCGUCGAGUAGCCGUCAUCCAAUGGAACAUCCAGGACCUCGCCAUCGAAGAAAACCACCGCAAAGCAUGCACCUACAUCCGUGAAGCGGCAUCACAAGGCGCCGAGCUGGCCGUCCUCCCCGAAUACCACCUAAACGGCUGGGCACCCUCGGACCCCCUCUGGCUGUCCCACGCCGCCGACACAGCGCAAUACCUAGCGGCCUACCAAACCCUCGCCCGCGAUCUGCACAUCUGCAUCGUCCCGGGCACGAUCGUCGAACGCCACGAAGCACCCCCGCCCUCCGCGGCUACGACCUCCACCACGGGGGAGAAUGGGAAAAAGGACGCGCUGCUCUACAACACAGCGUACUUCAUUUCCCACGAUGGGAGCAUCCUCGGCCACUAUCGGAAGAAGAACAUCUGGCACCCCGAGCGCGAGUAUGUGACGUCAUCGGGCGAGGAGCCGCACGAGGUGUUCGACACGCCGCUGGGGAAGGUCGGACUGCUGAUCUGUUGGGAUCUGGCAUUUCCGGAGGCGUUCCGCGAGUUGAUUUCGCGUGGUGCGGAAAUUGUCGUUUUGCCGACUUUUUGGAGCCGCUAUGACGCCUCGCCCGCCAUGCUCAAGCAUAACCCGGACUCCGAGAAACUGUUCCUCGAGACGACGCUCACGGCACGGUGCUUCGAGAAUACCUGCGGGAUCAUCUUUGCCAAUGUGGCGCGCGGACAGGAUCCGGAGGAUAAGUUCAUGGGUCUGUCGCGGGUGAUCUUGCCGGUAGUGGGCCCGGUGGGGAAGAUGGGCGAUGAGGAGGGGGUGUUGGUGGUGGACAUGGAUAUGGGGUUGGUGCGCAUCGCGGAGGAGAACUACAAGGUCCGGGCGGAUAUGGAGAGGGAGGGGUGGCAUUAUACGUAUCGUCAUACCUCGGUUGCGGGAAGGACGUGAUAGUUGGUUUGGCCCUUGUCGUUAGUCGUUCAGAUCCGAAUCUGUGUUAGG